CCGCCUCAACUGCCGCAGCUCCAACUGAUGACGCGAAGUUUUCCAGCCAGUCAGUUUCGUAGCACUUUACUCAGUCUGGUCGCUCCGUGGAUCCUACCACGGGUCACGUCAUAUGUAAUCUGUGGAAGAACGAUAGAUCUUAUCGGAGGUGCUGGCGGUUCGACUUAAAUGUGAAGAUCAUAAGUUUACGUAAGCCCUAAACGAAUGUUAUCGGCGCUGAUGUUGAGAGAUGUUGCUGAUUACUGGGCGUGAUAGUGUUGUGUGUGAGAGAUUCAUUUCAUACGUUUGCAGCAUGUGUUGUGUUAAAGAGACAAAUAAUUUUUGAAGAUGAGGACGUACACACAAGCUCUUACGUUAGGUAUUCGGAAUUAUGAUGUACGGUCGUUCAGUUUUCUCCGUAGUGUUCAGCAUUUUGCUGUUCACGGAAUUCACAGCUGCUACAAUAACAGAGUACAUCACGAAGAUAUAUGCGGCGUCGAGAGCUGAAGUGUGCAAUUUAGUUGACUGUUGCCAUGCUUCUUGGGAAUAUGCAAAUAUUGAUCAGUUGACAACUACAUUGAAAAGCAGAGUGUAUGGUCAGCAUAUUGCCAUUGAUUAUAUUACAAGUGCAUUGAGAGGCCACAUUAAGGGGAACAAUGAGAAACCUUUGGUUAUGAGUUUUCAUGGUUUGCCAGGAGUAGGAAAGAAUUUCAUUGCUAAUUUCAUCAAGAAAAACUUAUUUAAAUAUGGUGAGGAGGAUUCCCACAUCUAUAUGUUCUCUGGAAGACUCCACUUCAGAUUUGAAAAAGAUGUAGAAUUAUACCAGGAGCAGUUAGCAUCUUGGGUCAGAGGCAAUGUGAGCAACUGUGCUGCAUCACUAUUUAUUUUUGAUGAAGUGGACAAAAUACCACCAGGAGUAUUAGAUGGUAUCAAACCUUACUUAGAUUAUCACAACAACAUUGAUGGAGUUGACUUCAGGAAUUCAGUUUUCAUAUUCAUCUCUGACACUGGAAGUAAAGCAAUUCUAAACAAGAUGAUAGAUCUAUAUAAUAAUGGGAGUAAACGUGAGGAACUUAGCUUAAGUGAUUUUGAAGAAUUAAUACGAGUUGGUUCCUUCAAUGAAAAAGGAGGCCUUCAGAAAAGCGACGUGGUAAGCCGUUGUGUUAUUGAUCACUACAUUCCUUUCCUACCACUGGAGGUGCAACAUGUGAAAAACUGCAUUAAAGAUGCAUUUCAUAGAAAAGGUGCUCAGCAAGUUUCAGAUGAUGACAUUCAAGAAGUCCUGCAGGAUGUGACUUUUGGCCCAGAGAAAAUGAAGUUGUUUUCAAAAUCUGGUUGUAAAAGAAUAGUGCAAAAGGUAUCAGUUGUUUUAGAGAAGAAGAGACGGAAGUAUGGAGACCUGUAACAGGAACGAUGCCAAUUUUUUAGAAGUAUUUUGUUGUGAACUAUUGUCUAUAUAUUGCAAGACUUGCUUAUUAAUUGUUUAUAAUUUAACAUAAUUAUUGAGACAUGUUAAUUGAACAAAAAGUCUAUGAACUUUGAUAUUCUAUUUUUUCUGUUAAAAUAAAUUUCACAAAAACAUGCUUUCAGCAUGUUAAUAGUUAAA